UCUUUGCCACGCCUCGGCAUCUUAUCCAUUUCUCUUCAGUAUCCUACUCUCAAUCUCCAACCCCUCCCAAAACCCUUCAACAAAGGGCAAAAUAUUCAUCUUUCUAGCGAGGAUUUCCCCAUCCUUAAAUCGGCAAUGCCCAAUUUCUCGUAACCGGAGUUCUCAGUGCUCGGCCCCCGAACUUCCGGGUAAACCCACCCCAACAUUAUCCCCAGUAUUCACAACCAAUGGAACUUUCUUCUUCUUUUGUUAAACUCUCAUCCCCUUCUCCUAAUUACUCUUUCUCGUCUUCUUUAACCCCAUUUAUUGUUAAAAUUCACCCCAAUCAUCCCAUUUUCCCGAACCCCUCGUCGGCGAAUUUGCGUAUUUUUGCAGUUGCAGUUGACCCACAACAAGAAUUGCCCAAAAACAAUCCUCAGAGACUGCUCAAAGAGCUUGCGGAGCGAAAACGAGCCACUUCUCCGAAGAAAAAGGUACCCCCAAAAAGGUUUAUUCUUAGACCGCCAUUGGAUGAUAAGAAAUUAGCGGAAAGGUUUCUCAAUAGCCCUCAAUUAACUCUCAAAUCAUUCCCAUUAUUGAGUUCUUGUUUACCAUCUUCGCGGCUUAACAAUGCUGAUAAAACUUGGAUGGACGAGUACUUGCUGGAAGCCAAGCAAGCCCUUGGAUACCCCCUUGAGCCCUCCGAUAGUUAUGGAGACGACAAUCCUGCAAAACAAUUUGAUACUUUGUUGUACUUGGCCUUUCAGCAUCCCUCAUGCGAAAGAACUAAGGCCCGGCACAUAAGAUCGGGGCAUUCGAGGCUAUUGUUUUUGGGUCAAUAUGUAAUCGAAUUGGCUUUAGCAGAGUAUUUUCUGCAGAGGUAUCCUAGGGAAUCGCCAGGUCCAAUGAGGGAGAGGGUUUUUGCGUUAAUUGGGAAGAGGAACCUUCCAAAGUGGAUUAAAGCUGCCAGUUUACAGAAUUUGAUAUUCCCAUAUGAUGAUAUGGACAAGAUGAUUAGGAAGGACCGGGAACCACCUGUCAAAUCUGUAUUUUGGGCGUUGUUUGGGGCAAUAUAUUUAUGUUUUGGAAUGCCAGAAGUGUACCGGGUCCUUUUUGAGGUGUUUGGAAUGGAUCCAGAUGCAGAGGAAUGCGAACCAAGGUUACGCAGGCAACUUGAAGAUGUAGAUUAUGUCUCUGUUGAAUUUGAGGACAAAAGGAUCAGCUGGCAAGAUAUGGUUUCCUAUAAGCCUCCAGAAGAUGCUCUGUUUGCGCACCCUAGGCUCUUCAGAGCUUGUGUCCCACCUGGCAUGCAUCGAUUUCGGGGUAAUAUAUGGGAUUAUGAUAGCCGACCUCAAGUCAUGCAAGCACUAGGAUACCCUUUACCUGUUACUGAUAAAAUUCCUGACAUCACGGAAGCAAGAAAUAUUGAACUCGGACUUGGACUGCAGCUUUGUUUUUUGCACCCGUCAAAACACAAGUUUGAGCACCCUCGUUUCUGCUAUGAACGAUUAGAAUACCUCGGCCAAAAGAUCCAGGAUAUCGUGAUGGCUGAGAGACUGUUGAUGAAGCAUUUAGAUGCCCCUGGGAAGUGGUUGCAGGAAAAGCACCGGCGAUUGCUCAUGAACAAGUUUUGCGGUCGGUAUUUGAGGGAAAAAUAUCUUCAUAAACUUAUCAUCUAUUCCGAGAAAGUUCAAGAUGCAUAUGAGAACAACCGGAGGCUUCGAAACCCGGCCACCACAGCUGUUCAGCAAGCCCUUCAUGGACUUUCUUAUGUAGUUUAUGGAAAGCCUGAUGUGAGACGUCUCAUGUUUGAGGUUUUUGAUUUUGAGCAAAUCCAACCUAAAGCUGUAUGAGGUUCUAGAAGGUAGAUAUCAUUGUCCAAUCAAAGGCAAAAGAAGGGAGAAAAGGGGAACUAAUUAUUUCUUCAUGCCCUUCGGGCUUGAUUCUCUCCUUUCUCUAUUAGGAGGAGCUUCUUGUUACACAUAAUUGAAGUAGAUGUGGUACAAAACUUGGCCAAUAAAGAAGCUGAUGUGAAAUAUAUAUUUAUGGUAAUUCUUUUUUUAAA